CCAUCCAGACGCUAAUAUCGAUGUCAGAUCUCAUCGAUCAGUUGGAAUGUGUCACCUUUUCCCUAUCCGAAAGCACUUUGUCGGCCUUUAAUGUAGAUAAAAGCGAUUUGGACUCACAUAAAUAACACCUCGGCGAAGGUAUUUUCGCUUCGAGCCAAGCCUGAACCGAACCGAGCCGCUUGGCUGAUCCACAGGUCUGGCCAAGAUAUCCGCCCGAUCCGAGCCGAAUCUCAACACUUGUAGCAUCAAAUCCGAGUGACGGAACAGCAACUAGCUGGCAACGUUCAAGCUCCUAGCGAUGUCGAUGAUGACGCUUGCCGACACGACGACGACAGGCGGGGUUGACGUCAUCAGUGCGACGGCCAAACCCGACAGGAUUUAGGAGGGACUUUGAAUGCCAGCAUGGACAGCUUCUUCAAAGCGGCUGUUUGUGACCUGGACAAAGUGCUGGAUGACUUUGAGCUCAGCGCAGAAGAAGCGGAUUGCAGGUCAGUCUUCUGGAAGCCGCAGCCGUACGACUUCUCCACUCUGGGCUCCUCCGAAGUGUCAGACCUGGCCCCCACUCUGCCCCCGAACUUACUCCACCCCAGUUCUCUCCAUUACGCGACCGCUGGCACAAGCGGCAGCCUUGCAGACCGGAACGGGGAAGUCCAAGUUCAGCCUCUGACCGGGGUGGAUCUGCUGUCCUCCGUCGAUCGCGGCGCCUCUCAAAGCUCGGCGCCCCCUUGCCCCGAUCGGGCGCCGGAGCCCCUUUGUGACCUCGUCAACGACACCAGUUCGGCUGCCCCGGUGCGAGUCGAUAGCCGCGAUGCUUUUGCAGAGCCGGAGGAGGACGAGGACCGCGAAGAGGAAGCGCUACUUGUGGACUUUGGUGACUCGGAGGAGCGAGGUCCUCCCUGCCAGAACUCCGAACCCUGCCGGCAGCUGUCCGGAUCCUCCUUCAGUCUUCUCGACGUCAUUCUUCCGGCAGUACCUGCCGAGAAUGCGCGAGAUGAAGUCGACGCGCAAGAUGAAGGUUAUGAUGAGGAGACUCAAGAAGAUGACGUAUUGUCAGAACCUGACGACCGGGAGGACCGGCGUCCGAGCACCCUAUCCUCAAGCCCGCCCUCAGGUCAAAAUGAGGAAGUCUCUCCAAAAGACUCUGAUGACGAAGCUUCUGGAGGGGGCUCUCGGCUCCCGGAGCCCAAAGAGCAAGUGCAAGUGGAGCAUACAGCAGCAGACCCUCAGUUGGGUUUGGACACUCCUUGCUCAGAGGAACUCCUUGACUCUGAACCCCUUCUCCUUGUCCCUCCCGCUGAACCUUUGCGCUCAGAUGUCCCCGAGCUGAGCCCGGAGGACCCUCAGGAGUUUGGUUUUGAAUAUCUCCCCGAGAGCGAGCGGGCCCACCUGCCGGUGACGGAUGAGGAAUUGGACGCCUUCCUUAGGGCCGGCGCCGAGGCAGAGCGGGACGUAGAGAUAUCGGCGGAGGACCACCAGCCGAGAAAUGCGGUUCUUCCCGAUGAGGAUCUGGAGCGAGUGUUCGCGGACACGGAACUGGGCAGCCGCCUGGAAGAUCUAGAAUGUCCGGCCUGUCCGGAAAGUGACGUCGUACAUUUGGGGUCGCCCUUUCGGGACUCUCUUUAUCAGGAAGAUUCCUCUGAAGGGAGCCAUUCCUUUAUCGGCAACUCUUUGCAGUCGGAGCAGCAGCUUUCCUACGGAGGAGCGAGACCCAAACAGCCGCUCUCUCCCGCUGUCAGAUGUCCCUCAUCGACAGAGGAAGACGACGAGCCGCCCGCUUAUUCUUCUCGACUGGAUGACGACGACGACGACAGCCCAUGUGCCGGCCGAGGCUUCGCUCUCGCCAGCAGCCCACCGUACCCCGGGACAUCCGCGGCAGCUUCCGACCAACUCUCGGAACCCCCGCCCUACAUUGACGACGCGGAGGAGGAGCAGCUGGGAAGCCGGCAGCCCGAUUGGGUGCCCGACUCGGAAGCCCCUAACUGCAUGAAUUGCUCACAGAAGUUUACCUUCACCAAGAGGCGCCAUCAUUGUCGCGCCUGUGGGAAAGUGUACUGCGGUGUCUGCUGCAACAGGAAGUCCAAACUCAAGUACUUGGAGAAGGAGGCACGCGUUUGUGUCGUCUGCUUCGACACUUUGCACAGAGCUCAGGCGCUGGAGCGGAUGAUGAGCCCGACGGGUCCGAGUCCAAACCCCAACGUCCCGUCCGAGUACUGCAGCACCAUCCCGCCCUUGCAGCAGGCGCGUGCUGCCGGCACGCUCACCUCUGCGCCGCCCACCGUCAUGGUGCCCGUUUCGGCGCUCAAACAGCCGAGCAGCGACGGCGGCACUCGGGAGCACAAGCGCGUGUGGUUCGCCGACGGCAUCCUGCCUAACGGGGAAGUGGCCGACACCACCAAGUUGUCGGCGACCAGCGGCCGCGGGACCUCGCGGGAGGCAGAAGAAAUCACGCCGAGCUCCGGUUCCGAGGUCCCCGAACCCCAAGAGGUGAUCGCCCGGCCUCCGUGUGGCCCCUGGGACUACUCCCUGCUGGCGGGGUUGGGCCCCGCCGUAAGGAAGGCACCCAGUCUGCUGCCCGACGACGAGGACCAACUUCCUCCUCUGCUUGUCGCCGCCGGAGAGGACAUGGCGGGAGACGUGUUGGUGGAGGAAAGCCCGGCCCCUUGUCAGAUUCGACACCUUUUGGAGGAAGGGGGUCCUCGCCCUUUGACCUUUGUCCUCAACGCCAACCUGCUGGUCAACAUCAAGAUUGUGACGUACGGCGGGCGUCAAUGUUGGUGCCUGGGCUCCAACGGGCUGCGGGCUUGGGGCCAGAGAGAGCUGGUCUUCCUCCUGGAGCGCGUCCCCGAAGAGCGAAAUCUCCCCCGAGACCUCUUGGCGCUUUUUCUCAGCGUUCAGCAGGACGCGCAAAGAGGCAAGUUCGUGGAGGAGCUGGACAACGUGAGCUUUGCCGGCAGCUUCCUGGACAGCAAAGAUCAUGGCGGGAUGCUCUUCUUUUCUCCCAGCUUCCAGCCGCUGGAUGGCCUGCCUCUCCCUGACCGCCCUUUCCUUUUUGGCGUUCUGGUCCACAAGCUGGAGGUGCCUUGGGCCAAGGUCUUCCCGCUUAGGCUACUUCUGCGACUCGGGGCCGAAUAUAGCGUGUACCCCGGCACGCCAGUCAGCGUGCGCUUUCGCCCGUCGGUGUAUCGUGAGACCGGACACACCAUCAUGAACCUGCUGGCGGACCUGAGGAACUACCAGUACAGCCUGCCGUCCGUAAAGGGUUUGACCAUCCAUAUGGAAAUGGGCCACAGCUACAUCGACAUCCCAAAAAGCAGUUUCGAUGAGAUGCAAAAGGUGGUGAGCGCCGCCAACGAGCACGUCAUCAGCAUCGGCGCCGAAUUCAGCCGGCGGGCCGACUCCCACCUGGUGUGCUUCCAGAACGAGGACGGCACGUACCAGACGAGAGCCAGCAGCGCGCCCGGCAAGACGCGCGAAGUGACGGGGGCCGGCUUCGUGGUCUUCAACGGUGCCCUCAAAGCGUCGUCGGGAUUCAUCGCAAAGUCCAGCAUUGUGGAAGACGGCCUGAUGGUGCAGAUGCCGGCAGAGACCAUGGAGGCCUUACGUGCCGCCCUGCGCGAUCAGAACGACUUUGACAUCUCGUGCGGCAAAACGGACCAAACCGAACUGCGGGAAACGGUCACUGUGCGCUGGCUGGACAGCUCGCCGCCCACCCACACUGGAUCAACCAGCGCCGUCGACGGGAGGAGCCUGGACGACGCGCGGGGCGUCAGGAUGCGGCAGGACGGCGAUUUCCGCUCCGACGGACGCGCCAUCGGAUGUUCGGAGGUCUUCUACCGGCCGCCGUCGGAGCCGUCCUGCGACGUGUUCCAGAAGGAAGUGGCAGCCGCCGCCUGCGGCGCUCUGACGCGCCACCUCGCCGUCCUGACCGCCGGCAACGUCAACUCGCUCAGCCUGCGGGUCUCCACGCACGGAGACGUGGUGGAGUACCAGGCCGGGUCGGGCGGGUGCCCCCUACCUCAGCAUUACAUGAAUGAGCUGGACAGCGCGCUGAUCCCCGUCAUCCACGGCGGAAGCAGCGGCACGCCGCCUCCUGCCUCGGACGUGGAGUUGCUUUUCUUCAUCACGCACGCCAUCUAACACACACGCAAGCGCGCAGGUAGCUCGAAAAGCGCCGCGCCGAGGCCACGGGAAGGAAGCCGGCGACCCCUCCGGCGCAACGGACGGGACUCAAUCCGACCGGCAGGCGCGAGCGUGCCGCGACCAAGCUUUCUCGAGCGAAUUCCGCUUAGACUUGGAACGCUAAUGCAGUGACAUUUGAUCGACAACUGACAAUUGUACGUGCGUGCGUCCUAUUUACUAUUUGAGUGCCAUUGACAACGAUGGACGUCCUAUCGACGACAUAUCCGGUGACGUAAUCACGCAGUUGAAAUCGGAGACAAGGGCUUAGCAGCUUGUCCAAAAUAGGGCUCGACCGACUCGUGAAAGUAUCGCUUUGGCGCAGUCUUGGGAAAAUGAAGUGAGCCACCUUUAGGGAAGUACUGUAACUCUGUGCCGCCGAGUUUACGUUUUCAACGCACGUUUUUUUCCAGCACCAAAUUUCAGUCUUGAAAAUUCAGUUGUACAAAUUUCGGUUGCAAAAAUGAAUUCGGAAAAAAUUCAGUUGCAAAUACUGAAUUUAAUUCGCAAAAAGUUCAGUCCCAAAAAAUUCAGUCGCAACACUCCACUCCAUACUCGCAAUUAUGGCUAGGCGAUAUGGCCAUAAGUACUUAUCACAGUAAAUCAAGCAGAUUUACCAUAAAAACUCGCCGUUCAUCCUCAUAGCUUCUGCUAUAGCGUUCCAUUCAGCUUGCUCUUUAAUGUUGUCCUUAUAAAAAGGAUCUGCUGCUUCUUAAGUCACUUUGUGACUUUCCACCUCCAUGAUGAAGCAUUCUUCGCCCAUGUUCGCUGGUGUUUAAGCACCUGGCCUGUUGACUCCAGGCCUGGCUCCGCCUAUUUUGGAGGAUGCGUCUCCGGCAAAAAUAGAAAAUAGCCCAAACCAUCCGGCGGGCUUUGGGAAGUCGGAGAUGGUCCACAGUCAAUUUGUUGCCGGUAUAAUUUGAACAAUAGGAUAGAAUUGACACUGAUUGGCUCUGUUGCUAUAUCUUGCCGGACCCGGACCGCAAACGUGUCCGGUAUAAUUUGGCCUUCACCAUACGCCAGGGGCGUAGGUUUGGUCUCAAUAUUGGUAGGGACGAUAUAACAGCACAACCUGCAUGUACACUUUUUGCUGGCGACGGCAUAUUAAUAAGACCAAACAGCAGGGCCGGCCCAGGCCAUUUGGGGGCCCUAAGCAAAAUAAUGCCAAGGGCCCAUAUUUUUGGCCCACCAUUUCGUCACAGUGUACUGUGAAACCCAUACAUGCAAUCCAACCCAUACGUCCAUAUUUUGUAUAUUAAUCAGAUUUUUCGUUUCUCUGCUCCAGAAAGAUAAAUUCUCUUCGACAUAUUCGUGCAUCUAUUUUCCAAGCAAGUUUGAGCACCAAUCAUCGCAAAAUAGGUUCAACGUCACUCCCCAGGUUGCCAGAUUGUAAUGACAAGAAAAUGGAUGUUUGCAUAGCUAAACGGCACUGCGCGCCACAUUAUUCACGAUGCUCUAUCAACAACGUAUAAAAUGAGGUUGCCAGAUUGGGGGCCCCCUAGUGGUCAGGGGCCCUAAGCAGCUCCAUCGUCUGCGCAUAGGCUGGGCCGGCCUUACCAAACAGACUGGGUGAACGGGGGUCAGGGCUACAUUUCUCACCAAUAAGAACCUAAUUAAAUGAUAGGCUAAAUGAUUCAUUCAAAAUAAAUCUUUAUUGACUAACUUUCACACUGCAAAUUCACGUUAUAACGUCUUAAUCUGAUCAUUUUUCUUAAAUCUAGUCGAAUAGUUUUCUUCAUCUUGUUUUGAGUUUUAAAAGGCUAGUUAACAGGUUAACGUGUAAGAUUUUUCAAAUUAAUUUUAGUAAAUAUUACUAUUUAUUCUUAUUAAGCCCAAAAAUCUAAGUCGGUCAUUUUUCACCUGUCAAGAAAAAAAUGCUUUCAUAAAAUAUUCUGAACAAUAUCUAUUGUUGAAUUAAGAACAUUUCUGGCAAGUUUUUUUUUUUUUUUUUUUCCCAAAUUAAAUAUAGAAGCUUUUUGUUUAAAAUGUCUUAUUUUCAGUUAGGUAUUUUUCUUAAUUCAAGAAAUCUGAGUAAAAUUUACUUGAAGCACUGGCAGGUAAUUUCACUUAUUUCUAGUAGAUUUACACUGAAAACAAGGGAGUUUAAGUUCUUUUUUUUUUUUAGUAUUAAGGAGAUUGUUUUUAGCAGUGCAUAUGUGUAUGUUCAGGUGAUACGCCGUUCGAUUCAAACCUUUGUUUUCAAAAACUACUGAAGAAACAUUUUGAAAACUUCCAGAAUAAAUGUCUGGAUUUUAUCAGCAAAUUUAAAUUGCAAUAUUUAAACACAAAUUUGUGUAUUAACAUACAAAGAAGUACAAAAUUGUGAAUCAUCUCUUCACUAUCCAGGAAUAAAAAUAAAAUAAAAAAACAUUUGUCUUAAUACCACUCAGAAUUGUCUGUCUAAAUAAAUUAAAUAUAACAAAUACAACGUCAUAGUCAGGGAAUAACAAAAAUAAAUACAAAUUUCCUUCAGGAAAAACACAACUUUUGUCCACAAGCAGAGCCAAACUCAACAAAAAAUGAAAGCUCCUUUGGGCUGCUUUAAGACCGCAUAAGCAAAAUAAAAAUGAAAACUGGGAAGAAGGGGAUAAACCUUGAGUCACUACAUUUCUUACAACUGAGUUCACUAUAUUUCUCAGUUUAAUUAACAUUAACAUAGUAGAAUACACAUACAGGAGGACACUUCUCCUGAAGCAGCUUCCUACUCAGGUUAGCAAGUUCACACAAUGUAAUGUGAUGGUAAUGCUAAACUGUGAUACAGGUCGGACUUUCAGAAGCAACAUGAGUAAUUAGUGGUGCCCGCCGUUUCCCACCUUUACAACAAUGACUGUUCACAUUACGUCAAGUCAUCACCCAAUCAGACAUGCGUUUGAGGAAAAAAACAUGGACUGGCUAAUUCAGCAAGCGAUAAGAGGGUAAAUGUAAGUCUGAAAAUAAUGCACUUAAUAAUGGCUGGGUCAAUUCUGUCGUUACAACAUAUGGGAAGACAAUCUAAAUGACCAAAUAACUGAACACAUUAUAUAAUGCAAAUAAGGUUGCUUAAAAGUUGGGGACAAUUUGAGCAUCCUGAAAAGUUUUUUGUUUUCCUAGUGUUUUGUCCCUACCGUCCCGAUGCAAACCUACGCCCUUUCCAUAUGCUGAGAUUAAGGGGGGCCCGUAGGGGGGCAUUACCCACCCCCCCAUGUCCAAAAGUGUCAUUGCAUGUAAUUGACUUUCAAAUAUAUGAAUUUCACAUGAAGUCUUUGCCAGUUGUUUGCCUGUUGUUCAAACAGAUGAUGUGACUAGCACCUUAGUGACAGUCAUUUGCUUAGCUUAGCUCAACAACAACAAAAAAACACCCAAGACAAAAAAAUAAAACCCUGCUCAUUAUCAACUUUUGAUAGCAAAUUUUCCUGGCUUCAAUAUUCAGUCAAAAAAGAUGCAGUAUUGUGUAUUUCUCUUCACUAGGGAAACACGGAAAAACAUGCGCGCUCACACACGCACACAGCUGUGAUGCCUGUAUGUACGAGCAUUGGCUAAGCUACUAUGCGAGCAUAUAUCUUGUAAGUUAAUUUUAUUGCUGACGCUGCGUUUCAGGGUCAUCAACAUUUUUGUCCCCCCCCUCCCGCCCACAAAAGUCAAACUCCAACUAUGGCCUUCACCCUCCAUUCUGCUAAGCAGUUCAGCCAAACUGGCCAGCCUGUUCGAUACUUGCAGUUAACGAUGAUCAGUGUUGGGCACGUUACUUAAAAAAAGUAAUUAGUUACAUUACUCACUACUUCUUCCAAAAAGUAACUGAGUUAAUAACUGAAUUACUCUACUGUAAAAGUAACUAGUUACCAGGGAAAGUAACUAUUUCCGUUCCUUUAAAAAGAACUUGUUGUAUGUCAAAGAAUUUGAAAUUUUCUGAGCAGUAUUCAAGUCAGAGAUAAUAGAUAAUAUAGAAGAAUAGACAGGUAGUUAACUUGUUUGGUGCUUCAGCAGAUUUGAAUUGCUUACCAUAGAUGUCGACAAAAGCUUUGCCCCGGGACAUAAAUUACAAAUUAAAUGCAGGCUCUUUCCUUUAAUUUCGACAAACUUGAAAUAGUGUCUAUAUCUCGACCUCUUAAAGGACAAUUUUUCUUCUGAAUGCUCUGCCAUCCCGACUCUAUGAAUCUGUUUUGCGUGCGUGUGUUUGCCGGACGCGCUGUUCCGGUUUGCUUGUGAAAUCACCGACUCUGAUUGGCUUACAACGACACAUGACUCUAACCCGCAGCCAAUCACAAUCACUUCCAUCGCAUCUCUCGAGGGGCUGCAUUUAGGUAGGCUCGUUUCCCGACAAUUCACGUCACCUUCAAAGCGUCUGCAGUCCUCAAGAUGGAAGCAGAAUUAUUGCUGGCUGACAGUGGGAGAUGGGAACGAGGCUAGCAUCAGGUGUAGCAAACAGAAACGUUACCAAACGUUGGAAAGCAUUGUCUAAUUGAAUGAGCAGGGACAAACAGCUUGGAGUCAGAAGUACGUGCGCUAUUCUCGAACCUGAACGCACCCCAAGUCUUGGAUGACAAAUCAACAGAGCAGAGAGUCGACUCGACACGGCUGGUAGUUUCUUCAAUUUAUUCAGAGUAAGUAACGCACCGCUUUUGACCGUCAGUAACGGUAACGGCGGGAAAAGUAAUUAGUUAGAUUACCGUUACUGAAAAAAUAACGCCGUUACAUAACGACCUUAUUUAUAACGGCGUUACUCCCAACACUGACGAUGAUUGACAGGUUUGUGGCUUUGAUCUUGCCAAAGAAGCUUGGUAGCUCUACAAUCAAAGCAACUCAUGUGUCAAUCAUCGUUAAACUUGCAUAAGUGUGAUGUGGCAACUCAUUGUGUGAGUGAGAGGCUGUUCUCAGCAGCGUGGGUGGAUUUGAGUAGACUCAGUCAAUGAAGCAUUCAAUAAAGACGCACAUUUUUCUGUUAUUCUCGUUAAAAACCAAUUCACAUUAUGAAGGCGGCACGGUGGAACAGUAACACGUUUGGAACUUCUUUUUUUUUCUUUUAACAAACUUUCGGUAUCGGAUCGGUACUCAGUAGAUUCUCAAUCAGGUGACUCAGACAAAAAUAUUCGAUCAGGACAUCCCUAAUAUGUACUCUUUUUUUUUUUUUUUUCCCUGAAUAAACAAAUGAUAAAAAUGGUUAUAUUUAACUUUUUUCCUUUUUGUUUUUGAUUAAAAACAAAACAUUUGAGGGGGGAAGGGAAGCCCCCCCCCUUUUUAUUUUUUUAUUUUAUGUAAAUAAUAAAAA